AUGGCAUUUAGUACGACAUAUCAUCACAUCAUUAACCAUGAUCUGAAGAAUAUCUACGCCGGAAACAGUGGUUCCCGAAUGCAACGACCACAAGCUAAACUUCCGGUCAUACCUCAACAUAGAUACAAACAUCGAACUGAUCCCCAAACAUUAGUGGGAUUUGAAUACAACUUGGAGUAUCGUGUGUACGUGCCAAGGGCACCAGCGUUUGAUAUUUUGUCGAAAAAGUAUAUCAACAAGAUGGUUAACCGGAUGAGCAAACCUACUAAAAGAAAAAGCCUCGCCGACGAUGCUUUGCCGAGACACCUCGCCCCCGAGUUUACUUUGAAUAGGUCCGUGACAUCAUUUUCAUCAGCUGACAUCAAAAGGUGUAGUGAAAGACUGGCCAAUCAACAAACGGUUGCAACGGAAGUGCGGAACUGUUUAACUAAAUGUACAAAGUCUAAAUCAGAACCACCGGAUAUGAAGUUAUCCUGUCCGCGCAUGACCAUGUCGAUCAGUCAACGAUACUACCCUCGAGCGUACAAGAACUGGAAUCCUAGUCAACAGGUGUAA